AUGUCGAAUAAGUUCAAGGGCUUCUGGAACCGCUCUUUUCUAUCUGCGAAGCGCUCCUCAAUGAAUUUUGAAAACAGAUGGGUCUUGAGAUCCGCUCUGAACUUCGCAAGUGAUGGAGAAGUAGUCAGAGAAGUAGGUAGAGAGUUCCAGAGAAAAGGACCAGAAAAAGCAAAAGCAGAUUUGGCAAAAGAGUGUUUAACACGAGUUAAGAAAAAGCGAGAAGAAAAAGACGAUCGUAAACCGGGGCGUUUAGAAGGAUUAAGUUUAAGACACAUAGAGUCAGACCAAGCGAUAAUUGAAGAAAGACAUAGAGAUAAAUUAUGA